AUGACUUCCAUUGGUCAGGCUUACCCAACACUCUCUUAUAUCAUGGUAGACUCAACCGAUAAUAUGACACGCAUGUACCCUCAGGCACUAUUGAAGCAGUUUACAGAUCUAGCCGUCAAGCCAAACUGGGUACAAUAUGAUAUCAAUGCAGAGUUCAACAAUGAAAUCAGCUGGUAUUUUGUGAAUACUUCUGAUGAUAUCAAAAGCAGUCAGACUGACUUUCUACGCAAUGUUGUGCACGAACUAAUGCAUGGCCUUGGGUUUAUGACCGCUUGGUCAGAUGAACUCUAUACAUGUCUGUCUCCUUUAUUUCCAGACAGUUUGAAUCGCUUUAUUACUCCCAUUUCUCUCUCUACAAUUAACAAUAACAAGAUCAUGUCUGACUAUAAUAACAAUCAACCAUUUUGGGGCUUUGUUGAAUUCCCAUUUGACAAGCUCCUUAAUUAUGUCGAUAGCAAUACGUUCAAGCCUUUUUCGGAUUUGACACGCUCACUCAAUCAUUUCGCCAACUCGAAUACAACUUUCAGAAGCAUGGUCGAUUUUGCUAAUGCAUGGUACAAAUCUGACGAAUAUACAGUUGCAUCACAAGCUUACACAAAGUCGGUGACCAACCUCGAUGUCUUGGCAGUCGUCAACAAUGAGCCGGUGCUGUACCUUGAAACAUCUUUAAACCCAUUUUCAGCAGGAUCGUCAUUGUGUCACGUCAGUCAAUCAAAUUACUUGAAUACAAUAGAAUACCUUAUGGUCUACACAGCCAAUACUGGUGUAAACUUGGAGCAACUCAACAAGAUGUACUCUGGUGGUCCUUUUGGCCCAAAGCUGUUAAAAGUGCUUACCCAGCUUGGUUAUGCUGUUCAUUCAAACUACAACAUGACUGCAUCUAGACCUUCUUUGUCUUAUUGGAAUCCUAGUGAUGGCUUAGUAGGAACCAAUUCGAAUCCUUCCCCUGCUCUUUCUGUAGAUACGAGCGGACCUGCUUGUACACCAACAAAUGCUGCUACCAAUACAGCUAACGCUACAUCGUCUAGUGUAUCUCUUGGUCAUGAUAAAAGCUGGUUUUUAUCAUUGACUUUCUUGUUUAUUUUACUAUUAUUGUCCUAA